UAAAAGAAAAAAAAGGAGAAGGCGCCUCAUCGUUCGCAGAGCCUCUCACCAUCUCCCCCUUAUUAAUCUGAUUGUUCCAAAAAUCGAAAAGAAUCAUCGAAAUUCAUACACCGGUGCUUCUUCCUUAUUCGGAAGGAGCUCUCUCCAGACAGAGACAAUGGACGGUUUCGGGUCGAACCAGAGAACACUAGCCGUUGAUCGAUGGAUGGAGAUCGUUAACGGCAAAGGUUACGGCGUUGGUGGAUCAACACAAGUCUACUCAGCUCGACCCGGCACACCGGACUUUCAACUUUCUAUUCCUCCUCCGCCCGGUGCGACCACGGCCUCCACGCAUACAACUGCUGCCGCUCCGUGGAGACUAAUCGACGCGGAAACAAAGAGGAAGAAGAGGAUCGCAACGUACAAGGCUUACGCUAUGGAAGGCAAAGUUAAAGCCACUGUCAAGAAAGGCUUUCGUUGGAUCAAGAACAGGUAUUCUCUGAUUAUUCACGGCUGAUUCUUUUUCUCUUUUCCGGCGAAUCAUCAUCACUCAUGCCUUUUGUGAUGUGAUGAUGUCCAAGGUGAACAAGAGAUUUAUUAUAUUAUUAUUAGAAGGAGUGGUUUAUUUUUAUCUUUUUUUUUGGUUUGGUCUUGAAAGCAAGACGACGUUGUUGUAUCAGAGAAUUUAUUAAUUAGUCAACAACGAACGAUUCAGAUCAAACACGGUCCAGGUCUGUGGCCCAAUUGUCGAUGCUUUUUGUUUUUUUUUUUAAUAAACAUUUUAACAAAGCCCAUGUAAUACAAUACAAUGGCCCAUUAAGUUAGUUAGUA